CUCCUCUCACACGUGUGUUUAUGAGUGCUGAACUUGUAUUUUUAGUGUUUGUUCAGUGUGCACAGCACCAUUUGAAACACACCUGAGGAUCAUCUAAACUGGUUUAACUUAAAACACUAAACUGUACUUUGAAAAGUCGGUUUAAAUGGCUCCAAAUCUGUGAUGUCAAAUAACACAUGUAGUGCUAAGGUUAGUCAAUUAACUGAGCGAGCAAUCCUUUGUAAAAAUGAUUAAUUGUGUCAUUUAUUGAGUUAAAAUGAUCAACGUGAUUUGGAUACAGCUUUUCAAAUGCAAAGAUCUGUUCAUUUUCUUAUUUUUAUAUCAUUUUUGUCGAGUAUAUUUACAGCUUUAGCCUGCAAAACAAUCCAUUUGAAGACACCAAAUUGGACAUUAUGAACACAAAUGAGUUCAUUAAGGAAAUAGAAAAAAAUGAAUGAUUAAUUAAUAAUGAAAAUACCGGUUUCUGCUUAAUUUUGCGAGUUUUUGAAACUUCAAAAUCUCUCAGAUGUUACCAGACUUUGUCACACAGUUAUUAUAUUAACAUCUACAAAAAUUACAGUAAAUUUCUUUCUAUUUGAUUCCUGUGGCUUUAGUAUUACAGCUGACAGAGAGACAGAAGAAGGGAGGGCGGAUUGUAUGUGUGCAUGUCAGUAUUUGUGUAUGUGUGUGUGUGCGUGCAUGGGCCACACCAGAGCCCCAUCUCUGCUAAAUGCUGUUUUCGAACAUUAUAAUGUUGAUCUCAGCACAUGCCUGCUGGGCAGUGGAGCGAGCAGGUGAGAGAGAGAGGCAGCCUGACAUAGAGAGAGAGAGAGAGAGAGAGAGAAAGGCAGUGAAACAGGCUUCAGUCACACAGGUGGCCUAUACAGUACAGGAGCUGCUAAAAAGCAUCUGUGUCCGAGCUGUGUUUCAAUUUGUUCUUCAUAUCCCAACAUCUGUGCGGCAGAUUUCUAUAAAAGGCCGUGUUCUGUUGUGAAAAAGAUAAAUAUGUCGGAGUCCAGUCGACACCUCCACUGCCCUCGUCCUUGCGUCUUCUUGUGUGUUUGCUUGUGUAGAGUGUUUAACCUCGGGCCUGUACUUUCUCCAUAGGCUAGAAAUCUUGAAGCAUGGGCGACUGGAGCUUUCUGGGGCGGCUGCUGGAGAACGCUCAGGAGCACUCGACGGUCAUCGGCAAAGUCUGGCUGACUGUCCUCUUCAUCUUCAGGAUCCUGGUGCUGGGGGCAGCGGCCGAAGAGGUCUGGGGCGAUGAGCAGUCCGACUUCACCUGCAACACCCAGCAGCCCGGUUGCGAGAACGUCUGCUACGAUGAGGCCUUCCCCAUCUCGCACAUCCGCUUCUGGGUGCUGCAGAUCAUCUUCGUGUCCACGCCGACCCUCAUCUACCUGGGCCACGUGCUGCACAUUGUCCGCAUGGAGGAGAAGCGGAAAGAGAAGGAGGAGGAGAUGCGCAAAGCAAACAGGUUCCAGGAGGAGAAAGAACUCCUUUAUAGAAACGGUGGCGACGCCGGAGGAGGAGGCGGUAAGAAGGAGAAGCCGCCAAUCAGGGACGAACAUGGCAAAAUCCGUAUCAGAGGCGCGUUGCUGCGUACCUAUGUGUUCAACAUUAUUUUCAAGACCCUGUUUGAAGUGGGAUUCAUUUUGGGCCAGUAUUUCCUCUAUGGCUUCCAGCUGAGGCCCCUGUACAAGUGUGCACGUUGGCCCUGCCCCAACACUGUUGACUGCUUCAUAUCCAGGCCCACUGAAAAGACUAUUUUUAUUAUAUUUAUGCUUGUGGUGGCUUGCGUGUCUCUUUUGCUGAAUUUGUUAGAGAUCUAUCACCUUGGAUGGAAGAAAGUUAAACAGGGCAUGACGAACGAGUUUGCCCCCGACCACGAGUCGCUGCGCCACAUCGACAACGCGGAGCCCGAGUGUUUGGCCUCGGCCUCCAGAACUGCCCCCUCCAGCCUCAGCUACCCCCCCAACUACACGGAUGUGACGGCGGGCAGCGGGGCGUUCCUGCCGCCCCUGGGGCCUUCAGCCGUGCCCUCGGCGGCAGAGUUCAAGAUGGACGACCUGCAGCAGGAGGAGUCCCUUCGCCAGGCCUCGUCCUCCUCCCACUACUACAUCAGCAACAACAACAACCACCGGCUGGCCACGCAGCAGAACUGGGCCAACCUGGCCACCGAGCAGCAGACUCGGGAGAUGAAGGCCACCUCCCCCUCCCCAUCCUCCUCUUUCUCCAACGACAACGACCAGCAGCAGCAGCCCGUCGACGCUGCGCUGCCGCUUCCCACCAGCGACGCCAUCAGCAACAUCACCAGCUCAACCGCUAAUGCUGCCUCUGGCGACAGCAGUCCCGGCGCCGCCUCCAACGCAGACAGCUGGGGAGGAGGAGGGAAGAGCAAGCAGGAGGAAGGAAACGUCACCACCACCACAGUGGAGAUGCACGAGCCUCCGGUCACGGUCAGCACAGACCCUCGGCGGCUCAGUCGGGCCAGCAAGAGCAGCAGCAUCAGGGCCCGGCCGAGCGACCUGGCUGUCUAAACCUCUCUGGCCCUUUCAUGUCCCUAAACCUUCCCUCAUCAACAACCCCGCUUCCCCCCAAACCCUGGCCCCAAACAUUCUCAGAGUUUAAAAAAAGAAAAAAAGAAGAAAAAAAUUUACUAAGAUGCAUAAAGCGAAAAACAAAAAAACAACAAAAAAAGAAAACAAAAAACAUAAGAAGGCAAAGCAACAAGAGACAGGAAAGCAGAAAGCAAAUGUGAAAUGACUAUCAGCAGCAGUCGCUUUAGUGUAGUCGGUGAGUUGCAGACUCAAGGUUAGUUGUAUUUUUAUAUUUAUUUACAGAAAAUGUGAUCAUAGGUCAGAAGGCUCCAUUAACAGCAGUGGAUGGAGUAAACGACACUGAUGUCAGAAUGUUACAUCAAAAUGAACAAAUACCAACAACCAGCUUAGUACGAAGGAAAAAUCUCAUGUUUCUAUUUUUUUUCUUCUUUUGUUCAGUCAAAAGGACAAUUUAUUCCACAUGAAAGUGAUCAUAAGUCAAAACAAUGACUAAAAAACAUGUAGCUGGAAUUGUUGCACAGAUCAGCUAUUCAGUGUGCACCCAAAUAACGUGCUCUGAAUCUUAUUUUUUUCUGAUUUUACAGUCAAAUCAGCAGCACAACAUGUCAGAAUUUCACCUUUAUCCUGGAGGGUCUUUUUGCUGCAGCAUUUCCUCAAUUUUACUCAAUAUAACUCGUUGAGGAUGCAAUUUUAUCAGCAAACAUUACAUGAAUUGUGUUCCUUGUGGUUGUGCAUGCCAGCAUGUGUAGCCCUGCAACUCAUCGAUUCACUGAUCAAAUCAAACGUUGGCCAGCCUGGUUUUAUUCGUGAUCCACUGCAGUACAACCUGCGAAGAUGAAAAAAAAAAAUACUGCAAUUGAGAUGGAAUGAAAUGAUACGAUGCUCCCAAAAUCCUCCAAAUAAACAGACUUAGGUGCAGCGUGGACGUGAUAUGAGUCAAAACUGCUGGUAGAAGUCAUCCCUGCGAUGCCCAGAAUGCACCUGGAUUUCACCGAACACUACAUUGUCAGUAACAUAGAGCUCAAAACCAGGAAAACAGAAUCCCUAAUGCCUUCCUCUGUCAGUGAUGCCUUCAGUCAACAUUUCUGAAAUGAAAAAUGCUCUCCACUAACUGCACAAAUGCCAAGAUCUUGCCUUCAAAAAAUAAUAUGCAAAUACAUGGCAGCCACCAUCUGAUAUAAAAAAUAUUGUCCUUCAGACAACCUCCCAAUGCUCUGGUUAGAGCGGAAACUGUCAUUUAGUUGGAUUGUUGGCAGACAUCUUUACCCUAAAAACCCACAACCUCCCUUUUUAAUCAUCGCGCCUAAAGAUUGAGCGCAACUUUGGGAGUUAAAACAUUUUCACUGUCACACACUUCAUGUGCUUCUACAUUGGUUUUAUUCUGAAAAGUGCUAUUUUUUUAAAACUGAAUUGAAUUUUACUCAUAAAUUGCAUACUUGUAGUAGUCAGUUUGUGAUUGCGAAACAGCUAUGAUUAAAAAAAGAAGACAAAACGACUGGCAUUGCGCAGAUCAAAAACGCCACGGUGCAGUCAACCUCGACUGCCUCCAUUUUGUUGUGUUCAUCUUAAUUCUUUAGAGAUCUUUUAGAAAAACCCAAACUUUUAACUGAAUUCACGAGCAGCCACAGUCCUCUGUCUCUGUUGUAUCGCUGUGCUGUUUGGGUCAUUUACAACCCAGGCACUCGCUUUCAAAAGGCUUUUAAACUUCACAUCAACCUUAAUCUACUGUAUUAUCCUGUGAGUCCACCUCUGGCGCAGAGUUGAAAGUCCACAGUAACUCUGUGUGAAAACUCAACAAUCUGCAUUGGACAUAUUGCACUUGUAGAGCAGAACAACGCAAUGAAGUACUAAUAUGUUUGUGCACAGUAUUUUAUAGGAACAAUACUUUUCCAGCAGUUAAUGUGCAGGUUAAUACACUGGAGCGAGAGCAGUGUAAAGUGAUGUUUUAUUUCCAUUUUUCAGGGUGGUGGGGGGUUACAAAAUGAUGAUAUUCCAUGGUGUAACUGUACCCAUAUAAUGUUUAAUACUGUAUCUUACUACAGUUGCUUAACAGUGCAAACGGAGACACAAAGAGGAGAAUAUUACACCAACACAACACAAAGGUCAAAAGCAGCCUUUUCCAAUCCAUGUUUCUUGUUCAAAAAUGACAAAAAAAUCUUUGUUAUCUGCAUUUGUUUCCUGAUUCCUAAAGUUUACAUUUUGGUAGUUGAUAAAGAUUUGCACAUUUAGGAAAGAAAACUGCUGUUCUACAACGCUAAUAUUAGUAGUAGUAGGAGAGAGAGCGAGAGAGAGAGAGAGAGAGAGAGAGAGAGAGCAUGACACCAAACUGCCAAUGAUCCUCAAAGGAAAAAAAACAUGUCUUAAAAUCAAAAAGCUCUUCACCGAAAAGGCAGUAUUACAGGAAAAAAAUAGAAGAAACUGUUAUUUAUCUCAAGCUCAGAUAAAGAUGAGUUUGAAAGUAAAGAAAAAAAACAAUGUUGGGAGAGAGAAUAAACAGUUGGGGUGUUUUUCUGUUCGUACACUCAGUAUGUUCUCACAGACCCGUUGGGACUCUGGUUAGACGUCACAUCAGACGCUGUCGAGAGAAUGUCCGCUGGGUAGCUGGCCCUUCCCUAACCCUGCAUAAAGCCCUGACAGGAUGUUGUGUUCAAAGCCCGUCGUCCCCUCCAAACUCUCUCCUCUUACGUUUCAUGCAGAGCAUGAUUUCUCUGCCUCGUCAGGGAGUAGGAACCAUCUCACAAUGCUCACAACAGCAACUUGUUUUCAAUGCUGUCUUAAACAAGAGAAGUGCCUUGUGUAUGAAUGAUUCUUUUGUAAGAACAAGUUGAUGUAAAUGUUCAUUUACCUCAAAUGUUUACAAAACUGUUACUAAAUAAAUUUUUUGUACCAUA